AUGGGUGAACAAAGAAGUCCCAGAAAGCAGUCCCAGGAGCUGUUUGGACUGCUAAGUUUGUUUUCUAGAACAGUCCCACAGCGGUCCGUGAGCAGUCCCACAUUGUGGGAAAGCAGUGUCAGUGACUGGUUUCUGGGACAGCUUGGAUACUGCUCUCUGGGAUUGCUUGGGAUACUUUCUGGGACUGCUGGGACCGCUUUGGGACUGCUCUGGGACCGCCCUUGGACUGCUUUGGGACUGCUGUGGGACCGCUGUGGGACUGCUUUACCAAUCCCAAAGCAGUCCCAGAAAGCAGUUCCAGGGACUGCUCUGGGGCUGCUUUCUGUCAGGGCCGGGUCGCAGGGAGUUAGAUCUACUUCAAAAGAGGAGGAAGGUAACCAAAAAACAAGAGACUCUCUUAGACGGUGCUCAAGCAGAAAGACGAUCCAUCGUCUUGAUGGAAAUUCAAAUGAAAAGCAGUCGGACUCAAGCGAAUCCAAAGAAUCUCAAAAAUCUGAUGAAAGUUAUUUAAAAGAGGACCAAGCGUUGGCGGUCAGUAAAACUGAAGAGAGUGUGAAUGUUAAAGAUACAGACUCAAUGACAAUACCCAAAGAAGACAAAUCUCCAAUGAUUACUGACGGUACAGACCUAACGCCAAUUCAUCAAGACACAGAAACUAUGGAUAGGACUGAUGAAAUAUGCUGGGAUUUUGAAAAGGAACGUUGCAAGGAAGUCCCCGAGUUAUCAUUGUGGGGAACCCGUUGUGACAGUGACGCUAUUUGUGAAGAGCCUGAACCGUACCAAAACGGAAAAUGCUGUGAGAUACCUUGUGAUAAUUUUCACAAGGUUUGCCGGUACCCAACAGAUGAUUUCAGAAAUUCUUUUAUUACAGAGUACUAUUGGUCAAAAUAAUUUUAUUGAUCAAGUGCUCAUACGACGAAUUGAAUGAAACUUUCUUUUUACCUCGAAAAUUGAAGAAAUAAACCUAUCCACAUCCAUUGACA